GCUUUUCGUUCUUAAUCUGUGGCGGCAGCAAACUCAGCAGAGGCGCUCAUGAUCCGUCGGGGAAUUUCUUGUUCGGGUUCCCCGUGCCUGUGGCUUGAGCACCUCCUUUGUCCGUCGAUUGCAGUUGAAGAUAUUUAUUUCUAUUUUAUCAAAAGAUAAACCUGCUCAUUUCUGCAGAUUAAAUUUCUGUAAAAGGCACAAGAGCAGUCUUGGCUUGUCUCUCUCGAGCACGUGGAACUGGGAUCUCUGUCCACAGUCUUGGAGUGAGUGUGUGAGGUGUCCAGGAUUCUUAACCACCCUUCCCUGGAGGAAAGAAUAAAUCUUUUAAUUUAUGGCUGCAUCAAGACAAAUGGCUGCUUUCCGUCUCCCUCCUCUUCCAACAAUUGGAGAGAUUAUUAAAUUGUUCAAGCUUCGAGCUUUAAAACAGCUAUCUCAGAACUUUCUUCUGGACCUUAGACUUGCGGAUAAGAUAGUGAGAAGUGCUGGCAGUCUGAAAGAUGCCUAUGUAUGUGAGAUAGGUCCUGGUCCAGGAUCAAUUACAAGACCCAUCUUGAAUGCUGGUGUUGCAGAACUCCUGUUAGUUGAAAAAGAUCCCCGCUUUAUUCCAGGGCUGCAGAUGCUCUCUGAAGCAGCUCCAGGAAAAGUUCAUAUUGUUCAAGGGGACAUUUUGACAUAUAAGUUGGAGAAAGCUUUUCCACAGCAUCUUAAGAAGAAAUGGGAAGAUGAUCCUCCCAAUAUACAUAUUAUUGGAAAUCUACCUUUUAGUGUUUCAACCCCACUAAUAAUCAAGUGGCUUGAGAAUAUAUCUGAAAGGAAUGGUCCAUUUAGUUAUGGUAGGACACAGAUGACUCUAACAUUUCAGAAAGAAGUAGGGGAGAGGCUGACCGCUUGUACGGGAUCCAGGCAGCGUAGCAGACUUUCUAUUAUGUCUCAGUAUCUGUGCACUGUUCACAAUUGUUUUACAAUUCCGGGCCAAGCUUUUGUCCCCAAGCCCGAGGUGGAUGUGACUAUCAUUCAUUUUACACCGUUGGUGCAACCAAAGAUACAACAGCCCUUUAAGCUGGUGGAGAAAGUUGUUCGAAGUGUUUUUCAGUUCAGAAGAAAAUAUUGUCAUCAUGGAAUACGAAUCUUGUUUCCCGAAGCUGAACGUUUGAAAAAAGCUGAACAGAUGCUCAUGUUAGCCGAUGUUGACCCAACUCUGCGCCCAACUCAGCUUUCUAUGUUUAACUUUAAAAACCUUUGUGAUGUAUACAGAAAAAUGUGUGAUGAAGAUCCAAAGCUGUUUGCUUACAACUACCGGGAAGAACUGAGAGAGAAAAAAAUGAGGAAAAGGAACUUGAAAAGGACUGAGGAUGACAGAUUGCUUUAGUUAACUUUUAAAUGUUACCUAAACAAAAAGAAUGUAUAUCUAUCAGUGGAGUGAAGUAUUCAGCAAGUGUGCAUAUUUCCGUAUCUUCUGAGAGCAAAGCAUAUCUGAAAUCAAUGUGAGGGCAACAGAAGAUGAGCAUCAGGAUUUCAGAAUAAAUGUUUUCCCCUUAUUGUGGAACACUCCACCUACAGUGACAAUUCAACAGCAUAAACAAUUAUCAAAUGAUUGAAUGCUCAUAUGUUGAACUCAAUACUUCAGAGAAGAAGGCAAAACACAAUGAACAUGCUACUGAAUUGAACGUUUUACUGUACAGGCUUGUAGAGAAAAUAAAAAAUACAAUAAAAUAAGAUUACAGUACAGACUUUUGUAUUUACAUAUAUAUAUAUAAAAAUAAAGUAUAAACAACACCUUG